AAAAAAUUUGUAAAAUAAAUAAAAUUUGUUUAGUAGAAUGAUUGAAAUUAUCUGUAAUGAUCGCCUUGGAAAGAAAGUUCGUGUAAAAUGUAACGAAAAUGAUACAGUUGGUGACCUUAAAAAAUUAAUAGCUGCACAGACAGGUACCAACUGGCAAAAGAUUGUUUUGAAAAAAUGGUAUAAUACGUUUAAGGAUCAUAUUACAUUGAGUGAUUAUGAGAUCCAUAAUGGAAUGUCCCUUGAGCUUUAUUAUAGCUAG